AUGGAUCGUAGAAAUAAGGCACAAGUCAACUCGUGGAUAGGUUUGAUUGGCCUUCUGGAGGAGCGUGAUCUCUUGCCUGCCAUCGCCUUUGUAUUAUCGCGGGCACAAAUCAUGAAGCUGCUGCAGGAAUUUGACAGUGUUGAUCUGCAUAAUGAAGUUGAGAAGAAGGAGGUCAACAGUGUGCUGCACAAAUGCCUCAGCACGCGGUUGGAGGCAUGCGACAAGGAAGUGUCGCAAGUGAUCCUCCUGCAGGAUCUCGCUGUCCGUGGCAUCGCCUUCCACCACUCCGGCAUGAUGCCUCUUCUCAAGGAGGUUAGUAAUCGCACCCCAAUUCUUGUCCCUCUAAUCACAUGUCGAGUACAUUCAUGCAUGCAUUCUACUACCCGCCACACUACUUAG